CGCUUGGACAAAGACAACUCAUGGUCUAUCUGUCACAUGUAGUGUUAACAGUUGUUGGCUGAAACGGGCAAGGUCAGCAUUGCCGAUAAACUCAUUUGACGACAACAUGGUUUCUAUAGGUAUAAGCUGAUUGGAUACACCGAUAGUUACACUUUUGAAGAAACAGAUUUGAAAGCAAACAUAUGGACAUAAUGCCGGGAACACAAACCAUGUUGCGGUACAUCUUCAUCACAGCGCUAAUAUUGUUUGGAAAUGUGUACUCCUUAACACCUUCACAGAGACAGGAAAUAGAAACCAUGCUCCAGAAGGAUCAUUCCAACCCCCCAUUUUACCACACAGGUAACAAGACCGAUAUUAAAAUGAGCAUCUAUAUGACGGAGAUGAGAUUUUUGGAGCGGACUGAAGCUGAUUUCACAUUCUACUAUUAUCAAGUAUGGGAUGACCCGCGACUAAAGUACCCCUUUGCUAAUAAUACCGAUUAUGGUAUUAAAGACUACCACGUUGUCCGCAGUAAAUACUUCGACAACAUAUGGCUCGCUGAGAGCUAUAUUGAAAAUGAGCUACGUUCCCGUGUCCACGACUCGACCAUGUCUAACCGUUUUGUUUGGCUCCUUUCCAAUGGGACACUCGUGUACAGCAUGCGAAUCACAGCUGGACUUGCAUGUACUUUGAGAGGUGUUCUUUUCCCAAAUGCUCUAUUUGUCUGCAGGCUAAAGUUUAGAAUUCAUUCGUACACAAAAGACAAAGUAUCAUUGAAAUGGGAUACUGAUCUGCAACCGAUGCUUCCUGUGGAUUUCGACAAUGAGGAAGUGUCCUUAGAUAAAUGGGAAGCACUGCAGUGUGUACUAGACAAUAGUGCAGUGACCGAUAGUUCGUGUUUGGAGCUCAAGGUCAGCAUCAAGGUCAGUUUUGCUAGCAAUGUUGUACGUAUAUUCAUGCCAAGUAUCUUCAUUGUAUUAGUCGGGUGGUUAAGUUUCUGGAUUGAACGAAACCAAGUCUCGGCUAGAAUUAAGCUUGGAACCUUAUCUAUGUUAGCAAUGAUCACGGAACAAGUCGGCACGAAAUUCUUCUUGCCAGUUAAUUUCAAAGUGGUAUCAUUUGAAGUCUGGUACAUUAUGUCGUUAGUAUUUGUUGUUGCUGCAAUGUUUGAGUACACUUUCGUACAUGCUGUUGAUGCAUUUCAACUGAAAAUGAAACUGCAAGAGGAACAAAUGAAAAAGAAUCGUAAAGAAUCAGACGGUAUGAUGGACACCAAUGGAGACAGCAGGACCAGUUCUACUAACCAACUUGAAAUGGACAAUAUUGACUUGGAGGGUCCCGUAAAUGGUAAAAAUUCCAAUACAAACGAUAGCGUGGACGUGAUAAAGAACAACAGCUUCGGUGCAAAAUACAUCAUGAUGAUUUCAACAGGCCAGGUGGAGAAAUAUUUCCGCAUUGUGUAUGCCGUUUCAUAUAUUGUGUUCCAGUUCUUAUUUUGGACCAUUGCUCUGAACUAUGAAGAAAUUGAUAUCUGAUACUAGUGACACAACUUUGAGCCUGGACUACGUUAGCAUAGGGUACCGCUUACCAAACGCAUACUUCCAGUCAAAUAUCAUCAUUGAAGGAAUCACUUUCACAAUGGGACCCUCCAAAGGACAGAUAUGUAAAUAAGUAAAAUAAUGAAAUUAAUCCAGUCCUCAGGUUGGUAUGCUAACUGAUAUCGCGUAUCUAUGCAUACAGAAACUCUUUUAUGGCGAUUUUUAUAAUUGUUUAAAAUGUCCACUAAACUUAUAGAAUGAGUUUUGUAAUGUGAAACAUAUAUGUAUCAUGGACAUUUGAUUAAUAUAUUCUUUCAUCUUACCUGCGUACCAGAUACAGUCCGUUGCUAUUUAUGUCUUCAUAUUCCAAAACAUCGAGUUCAUUAUUGAUGAAAUUAUCAUUUAAACUAAGUGUAAACACGUGUUAGUUCAGGUCAUGUUUUUAUGUUCGGCUAUGAUAAGAAUGAAAGGUAAGACACAUAUGCAAAUCCUUGGUUUUCAAGCCAGUAGAUAAUAUAUUGCUAGUAGUUUAGUAUAAAGUAUGUCUUUUGGUUGCAAAUAAGAACAAAUUAAUAUACCUUAUCAUUGUAUUGCUGAAAAAUGUGUGUGCUUAUUAAAGCUUUAAUACCAGUAUCGCCUAUUGCUUCUGAUGAAAAAUCCUGGUUCCUUUUCUUAAUCUGUCCCUAUGUCACAAUCCAUGAACUGCAUUGGUAUGUUUUCGUUCCCUUUGAAUUGAUCAUGCUGGGUAAAAAAAAAUCUGUAUUUACUGUUGGAAAGUAAUUACAGUAUAUAUCACUUUUUUAUAUUAUGAAACAUUCAGCUUUGUUUACGACACUGUUUAUGCAUCACAUUGCUAAUUGGAAUUUUUACGACAGGUGGAGGAUGUUAUAAUUUACACUUACAGAAACAGAAAAAUCAAUACAAUUGGCUACGACCGCAGGAUGUACGUCAUCUGUCGGUUACAUUUUUCUGUGUCAUUAUGAACUUACACUUUUUUUCUAGACAUGUACAACAUUAAUUACCUAGUAGCUUUAGAUUUACAUUGUAAGUCACAAAUAAUGAAAGUUAAUCAAGUGGUACAGAAAAUCAGCAAAUGAUGAAUAAAACACACAUAAACAACAC